AUGUAUGAUCCUGUGUCUCAAAGUCUGACAGUUCUUUGUGAGUGCAGGGAAACAGUCAAUGCUAAAGCCAUUCCUGCUGAGGUAAUACCAGAAGGUAGUGAUUCUACUUGGGGAAUCAUUGGGCCAUCAGGGGUGGAGGAAGAGAGUACAGCUCAAAAGGAGACAGAUUCUCCACAAACACCAGAGUUAGAAAUGAGCCAAAAUUCACUUUUCCAAGCAUCCAGUCCAGAGGCUAUAAUCAGAGCAGUCGGUGAUGUCUUGCAGCUCACUUCCAGAUCCCCUAGUGAUCAUGGCAGCUACAGACGACUUCGAACCUUUUCUGGCGUGUUUCCCACACCUCAAGGGGAAGAGCCCUUGGAAAACUGGCUGGAGCAAGCUAGACUGAUGAUUGRGGAGUCUGACAAGCCAGACAGGGAAAAAAAGAUGAGGAUAAUGGAGAGUGUGAAAGGUCCAGCCAUGGAGAUCCUCCAAGCUGUGAGAUUUAACAACCCUGAUGCAACGCCCACAGACUAUCUAAAUGUUAUUGAAAACACCUUUGGCACAAUGGAGACUGGCGAAGAGCUCUACUUUGCUUUCAGAAUGAUGUGCCAAAAACCAGCUGAGAAGCUAUCAGAGUUUCUCAGGAGAAUGGAAAGAGUUUUAAAUAAAGUGGUCCAAAGAGGGGGGCUGCCUCCCUCAUCCAAAGACAAGGCACGUAUUGAGCAACUCAUCAAAGGGGCCACCCAAUCUGACAUGAUGAUGCUAAGUCUAAGGCUACGAGAGAGGAGAAAUUCUCCACCAAAAUUUCUGGAGCUUCUGAAUGAAAUCCGCAUUGAGGAGGAACAUGAGGCGUCACGCCGUCGAUUAAAUCCCCCUAAGUCUGUCCACGUCAAAAGCACUGCCGUAGCAGCUAUGGACUCAAAAGAUCUAGCUGUGGAGGUUGAACAGCUGAGGUCACAGUUAAAGCAGAAAYAAGCAGCUCGGAAGGAGAUGGGAGCCUCCAAGCCCUCAAGAAAGAGGUUGUAA